CGGUGGCCCUUCUUAUCACCCUUCUUUUCAAAUCCAACGCUUUUUUCCACUUCUUGUUCUAUCUCUUUCUUUCAGUCCCUCAUGUCCACAGUUGCUCCACCAGUGUCAGCGUCGGCCGCUGCGGGCAGUGGCCUUGGUUAUGGUAUCGCCAUUGCCAUUGGCAUUCUCGUCCUCAUUUCUACUAUAAUGCUCACUUCUUAUGCUUGCACAAGGAUUAAAGGUAAUGGUAAUGGCAAUGGCAGCAAUAAUAAUGGCGGUGGUAGUGACAGCAGCAACAUCUAUGGGCAUGACCGGCACUUCACUGCCGGCAAUCCAAUAGAGCCAAUGACGGUGGUGGUGGGUCUUGCUGAGCCCAUUAUAGACUCGUAUACGAAGAUGGUGUUGGGCGAAAGCCGGCGACUACCCAAACCCAAUGAAGGUCCGUGCUCCAUAUGCUUGUCCGAUUACCAGCCCAAGGAUACCAUACGGUGUAUUCCAGAUUGUCAUCACUGUUUCCAUGCUGAUUGUAUUGAUGGAUGGCUUAAGAUGAGUGCUACUUGUCCAUUGUGUAGGAAUUCUCCAGCUCCAUCGAAGGGUCCCACGCCUGUCACUACUCCUUUGGCUGAGGUUGUGCCCUUGGCCUUCCAUGCCAGGUGAUGCUGCCAUGAAAAGGUGUUCUUCCACUUCAAUUUUUCAAGCUUAAUUAUUCCUAGCUUUAGCUUCUGCCUUCAAUUUUUUUUUUAGCCCGAGCUGAGGAUUAGUGUUAUAAUAUCAACACACCCAUCAAGGUUUACGUCUUGUAUAAUUUUUUAAUGGGAUCCGGAGUUCUUGAUUUUGGGUUUAUUUGCGUGGUGCUAAGAACACAUUUCUUAUGUGGAGAUUCUUUCACCUUGAAUCAAAUGUCUUUAAUCU